AGAUCUCGCGAGACCACCCACCUCCACCUUAGCAACUGACAUGUUAGCCUUGGAUACCAACCGAGUCGUGCUAAACGCAGAUUGACGCCACAGACUGCCACCCAUAUGCAGUCUAGCAGCGGGAACCAGACUGGGUGCCCUGCUCCGUCUCUGUGGAGCCUGAUUGUUGAGCACGUCCCGCGGUCCGAGAUGCCCAAGAUUCACGCCACGCUGGGCCGCUCGCUGGUCGACACAUACACGGAGCUACACGCAGAGGCAGUCAUGUGGCACAAGAUAUGGCAGGACAGCCAGCGGGCGGGGGCCCCGCUCUCCCGAUCGAGGGGCCCCCUGGCCGACCCGCCGGUGAUCAAGGAGCUGGUGAGGGCCGAGGUCAGGAUGCUGCUGGAGAGUCUCCAGGAGAAAUUCUUCAGGGAGGGAAGGCGCGAUGAGGAGUUGUUAAGUCGUUACAACGCGAAGACCGUAAACUUUGCCCUCGGUCGCCUUGACAUCGGCGCCGAGCCCAAAGAUGAACUCAGCUCAAGCGCUUCCAUCCAGUCGAGCGUCCAAGUGGAGAUUGAAGCGAUGAAGGACAAUCUGAAUAUCACCGACAUCAACAAAGUGGUGCAACAUCUUAAGUCUAUCCUGAGUGAAGAAUGUGCUGCACUGAAAGCACAAGUAAAGCACACACAGGAACUGAUCAAAAAGCAGUGCAGGAGUCAGGAUGAGGGCGUCAACAGUGAGCCAACCCUUGCAGACUUGAAAGAGCUGAGAGGGGCUAUUCAAAAAGACUUAGAGCUCUACCCCUCGCCUCCCUCGCAUGUUGCGGAGAAAGCAACGAGACAGACGUUCAGGCUGUCAACUGGACAAAAGAACUCUGAUAAAACCUUGUACACGAUAACUUCUACCUCGCUCCGAAGGCCACAUCCUCCCUCCGCUCCGCCUCACUUGAACUUUUGCGGCUCCCUAAAGCCUAUCGACGCCUUGGAGACCACCUCAAGGACUUCUCAUCAGCACAAAAGUGUCACGUCGGCGUCUCGACACAGAAAAGUCCGCCUGAAAACCACCGCGAGCGAUCCGGUGGUGAUGGAACCUUCGCGCCCAGAGGAAGAUAACUCGGAUUUCCUCUGGCGGCUCCUCACGACCGCAGAUAGCUCACCCUUCUUCCCCACGCAGUAUCUACAGCCCGGGUAGGAAGGGCAAAUUAUGGGCAUAGGAAGGUUAAAUGUAAGACCUUUUUUUGUGGAGUGAAGUAGUGCCGUGAGAGUGGAAAAGAGCUCGUCGUGGACAAGAUUUGAGUCAGUAGUAAAGAAGCAACCGUGUCACUCAUCAGUAGUGGUAUUAUGCACGUGUACUCACGACAAAUAUGGACAUUGUUUGGGUUUUUUUGUAAUAGGAGUAUCUGAACAAAUGUUUACAAGCACGUCACUUCCAAAAGGCACUGAGCUGACCUCUAGUGUAAAUGAUAUAUGCACAAAUCACCUUUACUCAUCAUUAAGUAUGUACUUUUUUUGUCUGGUGAUGACAGCCAGUGGUGGGCAAGGUGGGGCAGGACCCGAGCGCCCUCUAUUGAUGAGCCUGCACUGAUUUUUGUUUUUUUUAAAACUGAUUUACUGUUUAUACCGUGAUAGAUGGUGAGCCAAUGAUGACUGAGCCGCUGUCACUUGGAAUUGCCGCUAUUCCAUCAAGUUGUUUAUGGGCCGCGGCGAUUGGUUCAAGCAGCGCUGUCUUGUCAGCAUGGCUCCAAUCAGGUGAUGCUUGUUUUAGUACUGUGUAGCCUACAGCCAUCCCUUUGAUUGGAAAUUAAUUAAGAUUGUGUUAUUUUGUUUUGUGUACAUCACAAGUUUGUUUUACAUCUUUAUUUGUAUUUGCUUUUAUUUUACCUUGUUUUACUCUGCUGCGUGCAGCCAGGUCAUUAUUGCAAAGCAGAAACUGUUCUCAAUUGCCUUACCUGGAAAAAUAAAGGU